AUGAGCUACAGAUUAGCUGAAGCUAUUGACAGGACUCUCCUAGGCCAUCUUUUGAAGAUGUUCACUGCUCUAGGAAUCUACUCAGAAAGCUUUGAAAAGCCAUUUCUUGAGUGCACAUCUGAAUUUUAUGCUUCUGAGGGUGUGAAGUACAUGCAGCAAUCAGAUGUUCCAGAUUAUUUGAAGCAUGUGGAGUCAAGGUUGCAUGAAGAACAUGAAAGGUUGAUGCUCUACUUAGACCCGAGUACUAGGAAGCCACUGGUGGCAACUGCAGAAAAGCAACUUCUUGAACGACAUACUUCUGCAAUUCUUGACAAGGGAUUCACAAUGUUAAUGGAUGGAAAUCGAAUUGAGGACCUUCGGAGGAUAUACACUCUGUUUUCAAGGGUCAAUGCCCUUGAAUUACUACGGCAAGCCCUUGGUUCUUACAUCCGGGGUACUGGGCAGGGCAUUGUUAUUGAUGAAGAGAAAGACAAAGAUCUGGUACCCUGUCUCUUAGAGUUUAAGGCUUCUCUCGAUACAAUCUGGGAAGAAAGCUUCUCAAGGAAUGAGUCAUUUUCUAAUACCAUAAAGGAUGCAUUUGAGCAUCUCAUUAAUCUCCGCCAGAACCGUCCUGCGGAGCUUGUUGCGAAAUUUUUGGAUGAGAAGCUUCGUGCUGGUAAUAAGGGUACAUCGGAGGAGGAGCUGGAAAAUACACUUGACAAAGUCCUGGUUUUAUUCAGAUUUAUACAAGGUAAAGAUGUUUUUGAAGCAUUCUAUAAGAAGGAUCUUGCGAAAAGGUUGCUCUUAGGAAAGAGUGCCUCUAUUGAUGCCGAGAAGUCGAUGAUUUCAAAGCUGAAGACUGAAUGUGGCAGCCAGUUCACAAACAAACUUGAAGGAAUGUUUAAGGAUAUUGAAUUAUCAAAAGAGAUUAACGAGUCCUUCAAACAGUCAUCUCAGGCAAGGACAAAACUCCCAACGGGUAUUGAGUUGAGUGUCCAUGUCUUAACAACAGGGUACUGGCCUACUUAUCCACCCAUGGAUGUUAGGCUUCCACACGAGCUAAAUGUCUAUCAGGACAUUUUUAAGGAGUUUUAUUUGGGCAAGUACAGUGGGAGGCACUUAAUGUGGCAAAAUUCACUUGGUCAUUGUGUCCUUAAGGCAGAGUUCCUGAAAGGUAAAAAGGAGCUGGCAGUGUCUCUAUUUCAGACUGUUGUUUUGAUGCUGUUUAAUGAUGCCCAAAAGUUAAGUUUCCAAGAUAUCAAGGAUUCUACAGGUAUUGAGGAUAAAGAGCUCAGAAAGACUUUACAGUCACUUGCGUGUGGAAAAGUUCGUGUACUUCAAAAGAUCCCCAAAGGCAGAGAUGUGGAGGAUAAUGACUCAUUUGUGUUCAAUGUAGAAUUUAGUGCCCCACUCUAUCGCAUAAAGGUAAAUGCAAUCCAAAUGAAGGAAACGGUGGAGGAGAAUACAAGUACUACCGAAAGAGUAUUCCAGGAUCGUCAAUAUCAGGUUGAUGCAGCCAUUGUCCGAAUAAUGAAGACAAGGAAAGUGCUGAGCCACACCCUCUUGAUAACUGAGCUCUUCCAGCAGCUCAAGUUUCCAAUAAAGCCUGCUGACUUGAAGAAAAGGAUCGAAAGCCUCAUCGACAGGGAAUACCUAGAGCGGGACAAGAGUAAUCCACAAAUAUACAACUAUCUGGCCUGAUCCAUGACAUCUCAUUUUGGUUAGUCCCUGUCCUUGUAAAUGGAAAUAGGAAACUACAGUCCUCUAUACAGCAAUCCUCAGUGAGGUGCAUGAUGUAGCAAUCCUUUGGCACAUCCAUCCAAUCACUUAACAGAAUGUACAGGAAUCUGUAGUUUUUGUUUUUGUUUUUAUUUUUAUUUUUUCGUGUUCAGCACUGUAAAUUAUAUUCUCUCUUCCAAUCCUCAUAAUUUAUUCAUCGUCUUGUUGAUUUCA